AUGGCGGAGGCGGAGGCGGCGGCGGCAGCGGCGGCGGCUGCCGUGCUGCCCGUGGCCGUGUUCGGCUGCCGGCCGCGGGUGGCCGGCGGUGUCUGCUUCCUGGAGGAGCGGGUGGUGCUGCACGCCGCGGGGGCGGGCUGCCUGCGGCUGCACAUCGAUCACAAGUGGCACAACUUCAUCCCAGGCACGAAGAAGAGCCGGGGCGUGCAGGCGCUGGCCGUGAGCCCCGACCGGCGGUUCCUGGCGCUGUCGGAGGCGGCGGGGGAGCGGCCGGUGCUGGCGGUCUAUGAGCUGUCGGCGGAGCGGGCGCGGCGGCGCAAGGUGCUGGCCGCCGAGGAGCAGCCGGCGCGGCAGGCGGUGUCCCUCGCCUUCUCCCCCGACAGCCAGCUCCUGGCGGCCGCCACCGCCCCCCCCGAGGGCCACCUCGCCUGCUGGCUCUGGGAGAAGCAGCAGCUGGUGGCGACCGUCCGCGUCCCGGCCGCGGGUGACGGCCCCUGCCAGGUGAGCUUUAAUCCUCAAGACAAUACCCAGGUUUGUAUCACUGGAAAUGGCUAUUUUAAACUUUUCAAGUACAGUGAAGGAUAUUUAAAGCAGAUGAAUUUACAAAGGGGAGAGCCAGAAAACUACUUGUGCCAUGCCUGGCUGUCUGCGGAGGAAGUUAUAUGUGGCACUGACACAGGCAAACUUAGCUUGUUUGAGACUGGAGACCUGUACUGGGAGAAAAAUUUGGAGUACAGGAAACCACCCAGGAAACAAGAAGAAGGUACAACAGAAGAACAUGAGAGUGGAGCGACCUGUGAAGAUACCAGUUUACAACAGCAUUCUUUGCCUCAAAUAUCUGCAGUUGCAGCCUAUUCCAAAGGCUUUGCAUGUUCACCUAGCCCAGGAGUUGUUCUUCUGUUUGAGAAGAUCUCUGAAGAGGAGGCCUAUGAGGAGAGACAAGAAGUCUGGCUGCCUCAGGACUUGUUCAGCACUGACCCAAAAAAGUCAAGCAGACAGGACAUUACAUGGAUAUGCUUCAGCCCCUCUGAGGAAGUGAUGGUUGUUAGCACAAAUAAAAAUCAGCUCUACAUGUUUACUAUGUUCUCCAACAAACUUAUAAGGGAGAAGAUAUCUUAUUUUUCAUAUAUGAAUUUCCCAUUGCAUUCUAAUUCAAUCACUGGUCUGGACAUGUGUACUUGGAAACCCAUCCUUGCUACGUGUUCCCUGGAUAGAUCUGUCCGCAUCUGGAAUUACAAGAAAAACACUUUGGAGCUGUGUAAGGAAUAUCAGGAGGAAGCACACACAGUAUCCCUUCAUCCCACUGGCUUUUUCUGUUUGGUUGGGUUUUCUGACAAACUACGAUUUAUAAGUCUCCUGUAUGAGGACAUGCAUGUUUUCAAGGAGUUUGCUGUGAAAAAGUGUAGAGAGUGCUCUUUCAGUAAUGGAGGCCAUCUUUUUGCUAUAGUUAAUGGAAAUGUGAUUCAAAUUUAUUCCGGCAUCACCUUUGAGAAUGUUACUAAUCUGAAAGGACAUACUGGGAUGGUACAUGCUAUUAAAUGGAGUUCAGAUGACACUAAACUUGUCUCCUGUGACACACAUGGUGCUGUGUAUAAGUGGAAUUUGUUGACAGGUAAAAAGGAGUCAGAGUGUGUGCUCAAGACCUGCAUCUACAGCAGCAUUUCCCUGACUUAUGAUGCCAAAAUUAUCUUUGCUGUUGGAUCUGACCAAACUCUCAAAGAAAUUUCAGAGUCUUCGAUCAAGCAUGAGGUGCCUGCCCGUGAUGUUGUUUACACCACUGUCGCUGUCUCGCGUUCCGGGUGCCUGGUUUUUGUUGGGACCUCCCUGGGGACAAUUCGAGCUAUGAAGUACCCAUUAACUCAGAAGAAGAAUUUCAGCGAGUACCAGGCCCAUGCAGGUGCUGUUACAAAGAUGACAGUAACAAGUGAUGACCAAUUUCUACUGACUGCCUCAGAGGAUGGCUGUGUAUUUAUCUGGAGAGUGCAUGAUAAAGAACCUGGGGAAGUGAAAGAAGAGCAGAAACUCGAGUAUGCUGAGGAAGUGUUGAUCAUGAGAUCAGAUAUAGAUGAGAAGACUCAGGCAAUACUAGACCUGCAGAAUUGUGUGAGAGAUCUACAGACAGAAAGUGAGUACGAGCUACGUCUCAAGGACAUAUACUGUGAAGAAAAAAUAAAAUCAUUGGAAGAGAAUUUCACUCAGGAAAUAGACUUCCUUAAAACUAAACACCAGAUUUUACAGGAAGAGAAAGAAAAACAGAAGCUACAACACGAGGUUCAACUGUCUGAGCUGAUAGAUAAACAGGCCAAGGAGGUGAAACAGCUAGAAUCUGACAGUAGUCAGAAACUCUCAAUGGAAAAUGAGAAAUACCAGGAGCUUCAGGUGAAAUCCCAGAAGAUGGAGGAGGAAUAUGAGAAACAAUUGCACAGUUUGGAGGAAAGCAAAACCAAGGCUAUGGCAGAGCUAAAAGAACAGUAUGAGAAAAAACUGAAACAUAAAUCUGUUCUGCUGGAAGAGACAAAGGAGAGUAUGAUGAAGCAGAUUAAAGCACAUGAAGAAAUGGAGAAACAAAUUUAUGAAGAUGGAGACAAAGAAAUCUUCGAGCUCAAAGACAAGUAUGAGAAACAACUCUUGGAGGAAAAGGAGUCCAACAUCCAACUGAAAGGAGAAAUAGGAGUCAUGAAUAAAAGGUUGAACAGCCUACAGAAAGAGCUCAAGGACCGAAACAGGGAUAUUGAGGAAAUGAGACUAGAACAGCAGAAGCUGCAAGACAUCAUUAAAUCACUGGAAAAGGAUAUCUUUGCACUAAAGACAGAUGUUAAAGAGAGAACUGAAACUAUCCUAGAGAAGGAGAAGUAUGUAUAUGAGCUAAAAAUGAAAAAUCAGGAACUGCAAAAUUUCAAGUUUGUACUGAGUUACAAAAUAGAGGAGUCUAAGAAGCAAAUAGAGUCACGUGAAAAUGAUAUUGAGACAAUGAAGAAACAGAUCAGUGAGAUGGAGGAGGAGCUGGAACAAUUCCGCAAGGAGAGCGUAGAGCUGAAGCUGAACAUCACCCAGCUGCAGCAGAAACAGAAGGCAACUGCUGGAGAGGUGCACAGAGAGAUGGAAAAGAGGCAAAAUAUGGAAACCCUCAUCAAACGAUUUAAGGCAGAUCUUCAUAAUUGUGUGAGAUUCAUCAACGAUUCCAAAAAAAUGAAAGAUGGUAUCCGUGAGCUCUACACCAAGUAUAUGCAUCAGCCAGACGUGGUGGAGGCUCAAGCAGAAGAUGCAGAUUUGCAGCAGCAGUACAAGAAACAGCAAGAGUACAACGAGAGGAAUUUGGCAGUUUUGAGGAAGAAGGUGAUGAAGGAUAAGGAAAUACAGCACACUGCUUACAUGCGCAUCGUACAGGAAAAUAUGAGUCUGAUUAAGGAAAUUAAUGACUUGAGGCAAGAGCUGAGGGUGGCCAACACGCAGGUGCACAACCUCGAGUCUGCACUGAGACUAAACAAGAGCAAAAAGGCAAUUCAAGACACAGCUCCCUCCGCUGAACUUCCAUCAGGCCCAGCUGUCCUGAGGCUGAAUCCAGAGAUGGAAAGUGAAAAAAUCAUAGAAAUGCAGCAGCUAGAAAUUCAAUAUCUGCGAGAUCAAGUCCAGGAGAUGGGGAAAGCCCUGAACUCUCCAGGUGCAGUCUCUUUCAGUUAGAAAUCUUCCUGACCUGAAUCUGGGAAGAAGCCACAAGACACAGCAACACUGAUGUGGUUCAAGGAUGCUUUAUGUUAUUAUAUCCUCCUGGCAAGAUCAGAAAUGCAACAGCAUAGACUUACAUCAUCCUAUACUCUUCCUCUAGGAGCAUUUAUUAAACAAUCAGUGCUCUGAACACUUCUACUUUCCUGAAAUCU